AUGGCAACGAUAUACGUACCUUCCCAAGAGGGGUCGACUCCGUUGUCGGAAAUCUCUAUCUGCAAGGAGGAGGCCAGCGCAGAACCAAGCAUCCAUGCCGUCGAACCAACUUAUACCAUCGAAUCAACUUAUGCCGUCGAAAAGAUUGGGGAAAUGGACAACGCCGGCUACGUCGCAACCUGGAAGCUUCGACUGAAUCGACUGCUCCCGCUCAGCUCUGUGUGCGCAAUCGCUGCAUACUGGCUGUAUUUCGCCUUUCGCGUUAGGUACACGGUGGCAGCGCAAGAGCUGAGGCAUACAGUGUAUCCAGUGGCCUGGCUCUUCAUUUCUAUUGAGCUCGGGGUUGCAUUACCAGUAGUGCUAACUCAACUGUUGCAAUGUUUCUCGAUCAAACCUCGCCGCCGCCCUAGACUGCGUGUCCUUGGAGAACAUGUUCCUAUGGUCGACGUUCUCAUCACCUGCGCAGGUGAGGAAACUGUUGUAGUUCUUGAUACACUUAGAGCAGCCGCUGCUAUUGACUGGCCCCGCGACAGGAUGCGUGUCGUAGUCUUGGAUGACAAAGCAUCUGAGGAAGUGCGACGGGAGGUGGAGCUUUUAGGCUUGGACAACCCAAGUAUACAUUAUUCGGCAAGAAAAAAAACGAAGGGCGUACCGCACCAUUUCAAAGCAGGGAACCUUAAUCACGGAUUAAGUUACGUUGACGGUCUCGAAGGAGAAAAAGCUGAGUAUGUUGCUGCUUUGGAUGCUGAUAUGAUUGUUGAGAGAGCAUGGCUCCGCGCUAUCAUCGCCCAUCUCAUAAAGGAUCCUGGAUUAGCAUUAGCAUGCCCGCCUCAGCUAUUCUACAACAUACCAAAGAACGAUCCACUUUAUCAAAACUUGGCGUUUUUCUUCGGCAUUCUAGAAGGCGUAAAAGAUGCCAUUGGAUCAGCUUGGUGUACAGGGUCUGGCUAUGCCCUCCGUCGGACUGCUCUAGAUCAGAUCGGCGGGUUUCCCACCGGCUCAGUGGCUGAGGAUGUUUUUUGCUCGAACUUGCUGCUCGGAGCUGGAUGGAGAACAUGUUACGUACAGGAACCUCUGCAAUACGGGACGGUACCGGACUCAUUCUCCGGCCAUAUCAAGCAGCGAGCACGAUGGACGAUUGGGACCGUUCAGACCUCAGCGAAGCUUAACUUCUUUCUCUUCGGCCGAAUUUGUCGAGGAAUGAGCGUGCUUCACCGAUUCACCGGAUUCGUUUUUACUCUCGGUACCCUCUCAACAGUCUCCGCAAUGGGUUCUCUCCUGAUGUUUCCCAUUGUGUUGGUAUCUGGCUUUAGGCUCGUUGCGUACGCAGAUAACGACCAAUUAAGAUGGCUCCUCCGACUCGCCUUCUUCUCUUUAGCUAUCAACCGUGUAAAUGAAUGGGUCGCAUUCGUGCCGGCUGGCUAUCGUUUUGCCUGGCGGGGAAACCUCAAUACGCUCUGGAUGGCACCCUAUCACGGGGUUGCAAUCGUCCGCUCAUUCCUCCUCCCCGCCUUUCUCGGCGGAAAACUCGCCACCUUCUCCUCAUCCGGCAGCAUCGACUCCGUCAUCAAUGAACGCGAUGCCCGCAACCGUGCCCCCCUGAUGCGCCGCAUAAAGGCAAUUUGGUGGAACGGCGGAGCUUUCAUCCACCUCUCCUAUGUGUUCUUCACUGUCGGUGCCGCCGCUCUCUCUACCGCUCGCGCAUUUACAACAACCCCAGAUACCUACCAAGAUCGCUUAUUUUACAUCCUCACCCAUGCCGGUUGGCCUCCAUUGGUUUGGCUUGUCGCUUCGGCGUCUUGUAUGAUUCCCAUCAAAUAUGCAGUAAGCCCGCCUUCGAUGCCUGAUCGUGAGGAUUUGCUGCGGAGGGACAAGGAUACGGGAAUUGCGCAUCCGACCGACGGUGCGAAGCGGUCGAGGUGGGGCAAGACUAAUUAUUUGCAUGAGGGCUUUUAUGCCGUGGUGACAAUUUACACGACGAUUCUUUUCUUUGGAACCUGGUUUUAUUAA